AUGGCGUCGUCUUCUUCUGCGCUCCUCCGCCGCACCCGUCAUCUGUCAACCGCCGUCGCUACUGCCGCCACUACCGAUGUCACUAACUCAGCUUCCAUGACCAUUUCCAAAGCCAAAUCAAAACUCAGAACGGAACACGAUACCGACAAAGCUUUAGACAUCUACUCAACCGUCAAAGCCAAUUACUCCGCAUCUUCACCUGGAUCCGCACAUCAUGCUCAACAGAUCACAGUCCGCCGCCUUGCAAAAUCUCAUCGUUUCUCGGAUAUAGAAGCCCUCAUCGAGUCCCAUAAAAGCGAUCCUCGGAUCACCGAUGAGCACUUUUUAUCUUCCCUCAUUAAAUCAUACGGCGUAGCCGGCAUGUUUGAGCACGCUCUCAAUACAUAUAAUCAGAUGGAAGCCCUGAAAACGCCUAGAUCAGCUCUAUCAUUCAACGCUUUACUCACGGCUUGUCUGAAAACGAAGAAUUUCGAUCGUGCGCCACUACUGUUCGACGAAAUGCCAGCAAAGUAUAGGUUCAGACCAGACGAGUAUUCGUAUGGUAUACUGGUUAAGUCCUUUUGCGAUGCCGGUAAGCCUGAAUUGGCGAUAGAUAAACUGAAAGAAAUGGACAAGAAAGGUAUUCAGAUUUCUGGAAUCACUUACACAUCGAUAAUUCAUUCGUUGUAUAAGAAAGGAAACCCCACCGAAGCCGAGAAGAUCUGGGAUGAGAUGGUGAACAGAGGAUGUUUGAUAGAUGUUGCUGCAAACAACGUAAGGUUAAUGAACGCAGUUGAUGGUGAUCCCGAGAACAUCAAGUCAAUGAUUGAAGAAAUGAGCAACGCAGCCCUAAAACCAGACACUAUAAGUUACAAUUACCUCAUGACUUGUUACUGUAAGAAGGGGAUGAUGAAGGAAGCAAAGGAAGUGUAUGAGAAGUUGGAAGAACACUGCUGUCAACCCAAUGCUGCUACAUUUAGAACACUGUUGUUUUAUCUGUGUAAGAAUGAGCAGUUUGAGACUGGUUACAAGGUGUUUAAGCACAGUGUGAAGGUGAACAAGAUACCCGAUUUCAAUACAUUGAAGCAUUUGGUUGAAGGGUUAGCUAAAAAGUCAAGAACCAAGGAUGCAAAAGGGAUGAUCAGGACAAUGAGGAAGAAGUUCCCUCCUAAUCUUUUGGUUGCUUGGUCAAAACUGGAGAAUGAACUUGGAUUAGCUAGUAAUGCCAUUGAUCCUGCAAGAGAAGCUAGGACAUGA